CAGCAGCAUAUUCUCAGCUAUUCAAUCUCUGGUCGUGGAGAAAACUCCCAGCUUCUCCUUCUCAAAUGGGCCCCGUCGCCUAGCGUCUAACCCCCAGAGCCAGGCUCCUGAGGACGAAUCAAGUCGGAAAACAGGGUUUACAUCAUCUUAAGUACAAUAAGGCUUGAAACAUCAUGGCAUCCAUUCCAUCAAGUGGCUCGCUCGUCGCAACCCACGACUACUACCGCAGACGCCUGGGAUCCACCUCCAGUAACAGCUCUUGUGGCAGCGUGGACUAUUCUGGAGAGGUCAUUCCUCACCACCCAGGUCUCCCGAAGUCUGAUCCUGGCCACUGGUGGGCCAGCUUCUUCUUUGGCAAACCCCCGCAUCCCUUGAUGACCACUGUUUCUGAAUCCCCGGAGAACUCAAGAAGCAUCCAUGUGACCAAUGGCCUUUUGCCUUGUGGCCUGGCUCAGGAGCCAGUGAGGAAGAACGUCGGUGAGACCAAGCCUGACCCCAACGCCUCUGCCUGAAUCCCGCCAUGCAUUCCCCUCCUCACUG